AUGUCUGGUACCGUCGAGCAGGCUGAGGCCCCUCACCAGGCCUACGAUACCAUUCUCACUCUGGACUUUGGUUCCCAAGUGACGCAUCUCAUUACGAGACGCCUCCGUGAGCUCAAUGUCUACAGUGAAAUGCUGCCGUGCACGACGAAGCUGUCGGAACUCAAGUUCAAGCCCAAGGGAAUCAUUCUGUCCGGCGGACCUUACUCGGUCUAUGAGAAGGACGCACCCCAUGUUGAUCCCGCCUUCUUCGACCUCGAUGUGCCAAUUCUCGGCAUCUGCUACGGCCUCCAGGAACUUGCCUGGCGCUUGAGCAAGGACAACGUCAUUGCAGGCGUCGAGCGCGAGUUCGGACACGCGGAUUUGAAAGCAGACCGCCACAACAGCCCUGUCGACCGACUCUUCGAAGGCCUCGCGGAGGACGCGAUGCAAGUAUGGAUGAGUCACGGCGAUAAGCUCAGCCAAUUGCCUCCUGGAUUCUGCACCAUUGCCACCACUCAAAACUCUCCCUAUGCCGGAAUUGCGCAUGAGACGAAGCCAAUCUUCGGCAUCCAGUUCCACCCGGAGGUCACGCAUACCCUGCGCGGGAAGGACCUGCUGAAGAACUUUGCCGUCAACAUCUGCGGUGCUGAGCAGAACUGGAAGAUGUCCAAAUUCAUCGACCAGGAAAUCACCCGGAUUCGAAAGCUGGUGGGCGACAAGGGUCAAGUGAUUGGUGCCGUCUCUGGAGGCGUCGACUCGACUGUUGCCGCACGACUCAUGAAGGAGGCCAUCGGCGAUAGGUUUCAUGCGGUGCUUGUUGACCAAGGUGUCAUGCGGCUCAACGAGGCCAAGCAAGUGAAGGAGACGCUUGGUGAGCAUCUGGGAAUCAACCUCACCGUCGUAGAUGCUUCGGAGAGAUUCCUCGCAGGCUUGAAGGAUGUUGUGGACCCAGAGAAGAAGCGAAAGUUCAUUGGAAACACGUUCAUCGACGUGUUUGAGGAGGAGGCCCUGAAGAUCGAGAAGGCAGCCGAAAACACUCCCACAGCCGGAAAGGUCGAAUGGUUCCUACAGGGCACCCUAUACCCGGACGUCAUCGAGUCCAUCUCGUUCAAGGGACCUUCUUCAACUAUCAAGACCCACCACAACGUCGGUGGUUUACCGGCCAGAAUGAUGAACGGUCAGGGCUUGAAGCUCAUUGAGCCUCUCCGAGAGCUAUUCAAGGAUGAGGUCCGAGCCCUAGGCCGCGAGCUAGGUAUCAACGAGGAACUUGUGAUGAGACAUCCCUUCCCUGGCCCUGGUAUUGCCAUCCGUAUCCUCGGUGAUGUCACACCGGAGCGUGUUGAGAUAGCAAGAAAGGCAGACUACAUCUUCAUCAGCAUGAUCAAGGAGGCUGGCAUUUACAACAACAUUAGCCAGGCCUAUGCAGCGCUGGAUACGAACCGAGCUAUCGGAGUCAUGGGCGACAAACGCCAGGAAGGAUACAUCAUCAUCCUGCGUGCUGUGGUCACGACCGACUUCAUGACGGCUGAAGCCUACAAGUUUGACAUGGACCUUCUUAUGGCGAUAUCUCGACGCAUUGUGAACGAAGUUGAUGGAGUCAGCUGUGUUACCUACAACACAACGAGCAAGCCUCCCGCGACCAUCGAGAUGCAAUAA